AUCCUUUAAGUCCUGUAAGUUGCGAGGUGGGGCCCAUGGAGGUCUGCUGAUAACAUUUUGGUGCCAGAUACCGCAGCAGACCUUCAGGGAUCUAGUGAAGUCCAUGCCUCAACAGGUCAGGGCUGUUUUGGCAAUAAAAUGGGGACCAACACAAUAUUAGGCCAGUGGUCAUAAUGUUAUGCCUGGUUGGUGUAUUGUCCUAAUUGAUUAUACACCUUGUUUUAAAUCUGUUUACCUUCCUCCUCUACUAUAUCAGCAUUUAGUUUCAUUUAACUUAACUGCUGCAUUCGUAACACUAAGUAAUGAUUUACUUUCAUAUUUCUACAUUAAGAUUAUUAUUAUAAUACAACAAAUUGGAUUCGAAUGUCCAGCCUACAGCUAUGAUAACUAAAACAAAUAACUCUAGCAGUUUCUCGCCAUCAUGCCUCCAUAUACAAAAAGACCAGUAGUUGUAAAUAAACCCAUUUUUUCCCCUGACCACAAACUUUCUAUUCACUUUCAUUAGUUUUGCACGGAAUCUACAAAGCUGACACAGAAGCAUCCUAUAGAGUUAGUUUGUGUUCACCACAUAAAUUAAUCAAGUGAAAUCAAGUCAAGAAGCUUUUAUUUUCAAUUCCACCACAUAUAGCUGACGCAGUACACGGUGGAAUGAGACAUUUCUCCAGGACCCUGGUGCUACGUUGAUGACAUAACAUAUAGCUACAGAACAGAAACAGCAACACGCAGCUAAGGACAGAAAGUUUGUCCUAGCUACAGCUAUGAAACAGGAUAGUCGGAGGAGUUUGAAAAUUUUCCAAAGUGACCUUGGAUUUUCCACAGAUUUGGGCCUAGGCACAUUGUGCGAGAUCAUCACAAUAGAAAGCCCUCUUUAAUGUAUGUGCGUGGAACAUGACUGCAGCUAUCAUGUUCAGGCAUCAACCUAAUGGUAGGUUGAACAGUUGGCUGUCUGGUGCAGUCACAACAACCUGCUUAAAACAGUAGCGACGAUGGUGGACUUGAGGAGGAACCCCUUAGCCCUACCAUCCUGGCAGUCAUUGUGGCUACACUGGAGUCUGAUGGAUGCAGUUUUGCAGAAGGCGACGCUUCCUGACGACAACGAGGACGAGCUUUGCGAGUUUAACUCCUUCCAGUUCUGGAGAAAUCCCCUGCCUGCGUUGGACCUGUCCCUCUUGGAUGCUCCGUCCACCACCGAGCUCAGCCGGGACAGUUCUCUCAAAGACUCCACGGAGGAAAUGGAGACAUGAUGCAACAACACGCUGCUCUGUGAUGCAUUAUAAAUUCUCGCAGAUUUUUAAUGCGAGUAUGGAUGAGCUCCAGGAAUCGACUCUGCAGAGAAAAUAAACUAGAGGGAAUACUAAUAUCAGUAUCAUAUUCCAGUUCUGCUUUCUAUCUGCUUUAUGUUUUUAAAGCGGAAGUCAUUCUGUCGCUUGUUGUUUUUUGCUCUUUCAUGAUUAAUGUAUAUUUCUUAAUGCAAAAUGUAACGUUCCUUAAUUAGAGUCCUUGUUUAAAGCACAAUCCUGAUUCAUGUUUGUUAAUGGGAAAACGUGCUGCUGUUUUAGGUUUGCUUAAAAUGCAUUUAGAUCUAGUUUAUAAGCAGAACAUCUCAAAUUUAUGUCCCUGGACCACCAGAGAACCGCACUGGUGGAUUCCGAGACGAUCUGGGAACGCUUGGUGUACACCCUGGAUGGGAAACCAGGGCGUUAUGAAAACACACAUUCACACACACACACCUUUAGAGCAGGUAAUCAUAGCCACUGGAUCUACAACAUGUUUUUGAAAGGUUUAAGGAAACCAGAGAACCUACACGGACUUGUAGAGUUCCACACGGACAGGAUUGACCCCUGGAGCUGAGACAGCAUCCCUGCCCAUGACAAGUCUACACAAUACUGUUAUUUGGCAGCUACUUUAACAUUGUAAGUCUGUGUUACACAUUUAGAAAUUUUGUAUUAGUUUCUCAAAAGGUUCUAAGGCAGGGGUGUCCAAUCUUAUCUGCAAAGGGCCGGUGUGGGUGCAGUUCAUUCCACCUGAGCAGAAGCCACAUCUCAGUCUACUGAAAGCCAAGAUCAGUUGAUUAGCCAGUUGGAAUCAGGUGGAGCUCCUGCUUGGUUGGAAUGAAAACCUGCACCCACAGGAUUCUGGAUAAGGUUGGACACCCCUGUUCUAAGAAGUCUUUGCUGAUUGUAGAUGUUCCUCAACACUGUUGCUUCCACCCUGAGCAGCUCAGCUCUGUGCUUGAAUAGGAUUGUGCCUGACGCCCAGCUUCCUUUGUAUAUAGGAAACAUCUGCAAAAUUGUAAAUAUGAGGUCUGAAAUCAGAUUUGUAUAUUUCUGAUUAUCACUUUGAUACUAAACAGUUUAGUAAAUACUCUACUACUUUUAUUAAAUGGUAUGUCUUUUUGUAAGCCUGACCUUGUGUAUUAUAAUAAAAGAAGUUUGUCUGCUGCAGCCGCAUUAAAAUGUGAACUUUAUUCCUACGCCGCUCGACUUGUGUUUAAGUCCAUGCCUUUUUUAAAAAAGGAGCCACAUACAGUGAUCAUCACCCACCAUCCUGAAAUCUGACAUCAUACAGUGAGGACUUCUGAUUGGGAAAUACACACACCAUCAGAUCAAGGCUUUAAAUAGAGUUUAUCAGAAGCUCCUCAUGACUGCAUCACCAAUCAGCUACUUGUUUACUAUGGAUCCAACGAUUCACAAAUAGUUAUGCUCAAAGCACUUAGUAUUUCAGCUCACAUGGCUGCUUAUCUCAAAAGGCGGCACUUUUAAAAUGAAGCAAAAUGAUCUUGAGACUGCCUCCGUGCCGGGUCAACCUCCGGAGACCUUUGAGCCGAGCAAAGGAGGAAAAACGUGUCGGAGUCUUGUGUGUUUUUCUUUUUUUCUUUUUCCCACCGAGUCACAGACAGUGAAAAACCAGACAUUGCGACUAUCACACCUUCGUAGCAAACCUGCUUAGUACACCAUGUCUGAUAUGUCUGGAAAGUCAUGGAUCCAGACGACUUUUUAUAAGAGAGAGUGUGUGAAGUUUUUACCAGCCACAAGGGACCACCACAGGUGUUUCCCUGUUUGCCAUGUUUGCCAAAACCUAGUCAGGUGCUGCUGUGGGAGGCUGAUCGGUGAGCAUUCAGAGCUCGACUCCAGUUCUUGGCUCCCUCCAUCUUGGGAAAAAGAAGUGUGGUGUGUUGUUCAGCACACUAAAACCAGUCCCACUGAUGCAUUCGGCUCCAUCGACUUCCCGGGGAGCAACAAGGGUUCCUGCCGUGCUAAGUUUGUGCGUCUGUCUUGCGAUGCUAAACCUGAAGAACUUCUCUGUUUAAUGCUGCAAGAGUGGAAAAUGGCUCAGCCCAAGCUGCUUAUAUCAGUACAUGGAGGAACAGACAACUUUCCCUUACCCCUGAGAGUGGGCCAGGUGUUCAGCAAGGGUCUCAUCAGAGCGGCAGAGACUGCAGGAGCCUGGAUUUUCACUGAUGGCUUUAAUACAGGAGUAUCGAUGUAUGUUGGUGAUGCUCUGAAAGUCUACGGCACGCACGAGCGCAGGAAGAGAUCCGUGAUCGGUAUCACACCGUGGGGGCUUAUUGAGAACCACACUGACCUCAUAGGACGAGACGUCCUGAGGCACUACCAGACUCUGGGAAAUCCACUGAGUAAGCGCUCCAGUCUUAAUAACCUGCAUUCGCACUUCCUGUUAGUGGACGAUGGAACUCUGGGUAAAUCUGGAGGCCAGCAGGAGCUGAGGAGAAAGUUGGAGAGGCAUAUCCAACGGCAGAGGAUCCACCCCAGACUGGGUCAGAGAGUUCCCCUGGUGUGUGUGGUGGUUGAAGGGGGUCCCGCUGUGCUCUCCACAGUGCUGGACUACGUGAGCAGGUCCCCUCCUGUGCCGGUCAUUGUGUUCGAGGGCACCGGCCGAGCCGCAGACCUGCUGUCUCUCAUCCACAAACAGACAGCAGCGGACAGGGAACUGGAUGUGAAUAUGAAGGAAGAUUUCCUGCAGCGCAUUGAGAAUGUAUUUGGUGUUGCGCGAACGAAGGCGCAUCAGCUCUUUGCUCUGCUCAAACACUGCAUGGAGCACAGAGAGGUGAUCACGAUUUUCGACUCUGAAUCAGAGGACCAUUUGGAAGCAGAUGUGGCUAUUCUGACAGCUUCACUACGAGGCACACCGGCAGAGAAAUUAAGCGUGACACUGGCCUGGGACAGAGCUGACAUUGCUCAGCAACAUGUCCUGGUGUAUGGACACCACUGGAAGAUGGGGGCCCUGGAGCACGCCAUGCUGAACGCUUUGCUGAUGGACCGUGUCAGUUUUGUGAAGCUGCUCAUUGAGAACGGCGUGACCAUGAAGCACUUCUUGACCGUGUCUCGUCUGGAGGAGCUUUAUAACAUGCGGCAUCAAGGCUCCUCAGAUCAUUUCUUACGCCAUAUUAUAGAGGAUGCCAAACAGUGCCGACUUCCUAGGAGAUAUAAGAUCUCUCUGAUCGAUAUCGGCAUGGUGAUCGAAUACUUGAUAGGAGGAGCUUAUCGGAGCACAUACAGGAGCAAGAGCUUCAAAGCUGUAUAUAACCGUAUUCAUAUUAAAAGCAAGGAAGGCAGUGAGGACCGUUCGGUAUCCAGAAGAUCUGGAGCAGAGGCAUCUGAGACAAAUCAACAGCAGUCUCAAUUCUACAGAACUGCAAAUCCUUACAGACGCAAGAUGAAAUCAGAAUCCGAGCCUAAUAAAGUGGAGACAGUAGAGGCAGAGAUCAGCAGCUCGUCCCUGUUUGUCUACAGUUUCAAUGACCUGUUUGUGUGGGCUGUAUUGAAGCGGCGGCAGCAGUUGGCACUCUUCCUGUGGCAGCAUGGUGUGCAGGCCAUGGCCAGAGCUGUGGUGGCAUGCAGGCUAUACCAGGCCAUGGCUAGUGAAGCCAAGGAAAGCAACAUGGAUGACAGUAUUACUGAUGAGCUCAAGAAGUACUCUCUAGAGUUUGGCCAGCUUGCUGUGGAUCUACUGGACAAGGCCUUCAAGGAGAAUGCGCGCAUGGCCAUGAAGCUGCUGACCUGGGAGAUGACAGAUUGGAGCAAUUUCACCUGCCUGCAGAUGGCUGUGGCUUCAGGUCACAGGCCCUUCGUGACCCACUCAUGUACACAGAUGCUGCUCACUGACCUGUGGAUGGGUCGCUUAAACAUGAGGAAGAACUCCUGGUUCAAGAUCAUUGUGAGCAUCCUGCUUCCUGUAGGCAUCCAGCUGCUGGAGUUUAAGAGCGAGGCAGAGAUGUCCCAUGUGCCUCAGACUCAAGAAGCCCUUCAGUUUGGGAGGGACACUGGGAACUUAGGAAGUCCAGGAACUGAAAACAUGAUGCAAGCAAGUGAGAGUGAUGCGGAGAGAGGGAGGAGCCAUGUAAAACACAGGCCAAGUCUUAUUGCAUGGUGGCUACCAUUGUCCAGGAAGGUCUAUGACUUCUACAAUGCACCUGUGGUCAAAUUCUGGGUCCACACUAUGUCCUACCUGAUGUUCCUCGCACUUUUCUCCUACACUGUGUUGGUGCGGAUGGAGCCCAGACCCAGCGUCCCCGAAUGGCUGGUUUUUGCCUACAUCUCUUCUACAGCUGUAGACAAGAUCAGGGAGGUGUUGGCGUCUGAGCCUAGACAGUUUAGCAAAAAACUGAAAAUGUGGUUCAGCGAAUACUGGAACAUGAACGACUUUGUCGCAAUCAUUCUUUUCUUCACGGGCAUGGCGCUGCGCUGGUACACAGGUCUAACCCACAUCACAGGGCGCAUCAUUUACUGCCUGGACAUCAUUUUAUGGUUUGUGCGUCUUCUAGACCUGUUGGCUAUUAACCAGAAAGCUGGACCCUACCUCACCAUGAUCUCUAAUAUGAUGAAGAACAUGUUCUACAUUGUGGUCAUCAUGGGCAUUGUACUGGUGAGUUUUGGCACACCUCGGUGGGCCAUCCUAAAUCCCCAUGAGGAACCAUCCUGGAACCUGUUGAAGCAAGUGCUCUUCCAGCCCUACUUCAUGAUGUUCGGGGAGGUCUAUGCCGGAGAGAUUAAUCCUUGUGAAGAAGAUCCUGACUGUCCUCCCGGUUCAUUCCUCAACCCACUGCUGCAGGCUGUCUACCUCUUCAUGCAGUACAUCAUCAUGGUCAACCUCCUUAUCGCCUUCUACAAUAAUGUUUACAUUGACAUGAAGACCAUAUCCAAUCAGCUGUGGAGGUACAACCGGUAUCGUUACAUCAUGACCUAUCACAAAAAGCCGUUACUGCCUCCGCCUUUGAUCUUCCUGAGUCACGUGGCCUUGUGUGUGAAUACAGUCUGGCAGAAACAUAGACGGACAUCCACACAUGACCGAGGCACUGGCCUUAAGCUGUUCUUGGCUCCUAAUGAUCUGAAGAAGCUGCUGGAAUUUGAGGAAAGAUGUGUGGCUGGCUAUUUUCGUGACAAACACGAGAGCCAGCACUGCAGCCAGAUCAACCGGAUCCGUCAUGCUGCAGACAAGGCAGAGGAGAUGAUGGGUACAUUAGCCGAGGUAUCUGAGAAGGUCCAGUUCAUCCAGGAGAACCUUCAGACACUGGAUGCUCACCUUGGCCAGCUGCAGGAUUUGUCUGCUCUUGCUGUGGACACCCUUAACCUCCUUUCUGCAUCUGAAAACAGGCAGCAGGAAGCUGUCCACCUUUGUCCCAGCCCCCGAAUCACAGUUACGUCUUAUUCACAGCGAUCCUCCACUGGUGGGAACUUCAGCCCGAGCUAUGCCUCUCUGUCUCCGAGGGCUUAUUGGAGCAAUCCGCCGUCCCUACUGCAUGGCUCAGCCCAUGGCAAGUCGUGCAACACUUCAGAGCUUGCAUCAGGAAGUACAAACAGCUUCUUUGACAGCAAGCUUAAGUGGGUGCUGGGAAAUUUGGAGGCAGAGCACAGCGGUCCAAGACAAAGACUUGGCGGAGAUUCGUCCAUAGGAUUCCGUCUCUCACAUGGAUCUCUGUCGAAUUUGUGGUUGGACCAGCAUGGGUCACCUGGACAAUCAUGCGCCAGCUCUCUCACUACAGUAUGGGAUCAUGAGCCACAAAUUCCGCCCAGGCAAGAGGAGUCCAUGGAGGAAGAUGAGGAUGAUGAUGUGUUUAUUGAAACUAGAGCCACGAGGAACAGCGUGGUGGGCAUUGUGAAUCCAGCUUUCUGUGGCGAUAGUGAAUUAGCCAUGCCCAAACAAGGCAACUUGGGCAGGAAGUUGCCUUUUGCCAUAGAGAGAGAACUGGGGCAUAGCCGCUCGCUCUCUGCUAGUGUGGAGACAUUAGCCGUACCUACAAAAAGGCACAGUGUUUCAGGAGAACCACUGCAUCCAGGCCAGAAGAACAGAGAUCCCUACAGAAUCUUAGAAAGAAAGCGAUCAUUUGGCCGAAAGUGUGUCAAAAUCAAAGAAGGAGAAGCAACUGAUGUGAGGAGACUGGAAAGGGAUUUGACCCGGAGGAGCAGAAGGAAAGGGAAGGGAAUGGCUGGACGUAAAUUCCGAUCAUCUGUCAGUCUGUCUCAGCUCUCUUUCGAUCAUGUGGAUUUCUUACAGAAAUCGCUCAAUUUGGGUCAGAAUACAAGAAGCCCCAGCCAAUCAGUUUGGAACAGUUGGGCACGCUCAGUCAGCCGUCGUUCCUCGGUACAGAGCUGGGCAGCAGUCGAACCUCGAGCUUCAGUGUUUAAGUCAGCUGAAGAUUUGGACCCACAUUACUCUGCUAUGGAAAGGAACAACCUGAUGAGAUUAGCACACACGAUCCCUUUCACACCGGUGUCCAUGCUGGGAGGAGAGGAGGUGUACGUCUACACUCUGGAGGAGUCAGAUCCAGACUCCAUGCUCUCCAGCACCUCCUCCUGGUGUCAGAGAGGUCAUGCGGCCAUGCUGCAGCCCGUGUCGGAGCAGGGAGUGCUGGACGGUGGGCUGCGCCGAGCUCAGUGGGUGCUGUGCACUUGGGCCGAGGAAGACGUGCUCAAACCCGGCUGUGUGUACGUGGUCAAGUCUUUCCAUGAGGAGGUGGUGGACACGUGUCAGACUCGGUUCCCCAACAGCACCACCUUUCAUCUCUGCUUAAGGGAAAUUCAGCAGCAGAGAGCAGCCCAAAAGCUCAUGCAGGUCUUCAAUCAAGUCAAGCCUAACUCUGUUCCUCAGUCCCUCAGAUUUCUGGAUUUGUCCCUGGUGUACUGGCAGGCUAAAGGCCAGUGGCUAACCAUAGAGAGAAGCAUGAACGGUGACUUCACAAAGUACAACAGUACCACAGGAGAAGAAAUCACGCCCUCUUGUGGCCUCGAAGAGACAGUGCUGGCUUUCUCACACUGGACUUACGAGUAUACAGACAGGGAGCUGCUGGUACUAGACUUGCAAGGUGUGGGGGUGGAGCUGACAGAACCAUCUGUGAUCAGAGCGGUUGUUAAAAGCUCAUCCAGAGAUUUGGCGUUUGGCGCAACCAGUUUGUGUGACGAUGCAGUCUGGAGUUUUGUCCUCAAUCAUACCUGCAACUCGUCCUGUAGGAAACUUGGCCUUACAGAUUUGCAGAAAAGCAGCAAUCUUCACAAUCCAGCCCUCGAAGACUGCGUCAGCUCAGUUUGACCUUUACCCCAGAAGUGUCUAUUUAUUUUUAUUAUGUCUCAUCUGGUGGGAAUUUUUAAUCAGAAUACACAAAGCGAUCCAAUGGCUCUUUUACACAGCACACAAGACAAACUGUGACUUCUGCCACGACUUCAUCACUCAGUGAUGUUAUUUAUAUCUACAGGAAGGAUUUGUACAAACGUCUCUUAAACAUCAGACUGAGCUAAGUCCCUCAGUCCCGCCAGAAUUUCUACGUGAUUCUCUGCAGCUUUGGACCAAGACGUAGUGUGUGACAUCACAGCGCAGGUUUAGCCAAGGAUUUAUCUGAUUUAUGUGUGUAUGGUUAUUAUAGACAGUUAUGUUUCUUCAUGUGUAGGAGUUUGUCCUGUGUUUGCAAUUUCACUAAAUCAAGUAUACAAGAAAAACACAUGCAUUUUCGGCUUCAUUAAUCAAAAAAAAAAAAAAAAAAAUCCUGUAAUAUUACAUUUAUAUCACCAAACAUAAGCUGAUCUGAUCUAUCUGCAUUUCUUACCAUGAGUUUUAUACGUCCUGCAAAACUGCCGCGUGAUUGGCCGAUUCGAUAACUGCACACAUAGAGGUAGAAUACAAGUGCAGGUAUUCCUAUUAAAGUGGCCAGUAAGUGUGUAAGUACUGUCAUAUUGCAUUUAGGUCAGCACUUACAUCAGAUAUUAGUCACAUGACAAAUUCUGUGCCAGGUAGGACAUUAUUAUAUCACUCUUAUUGUCACCUUUCAGAAUUGUAGCUCACUUCGUAGAGACGGAGCACGGUGUGGAAUAAAGAAAAAACCAGCCGCAGGUGAUGUCCGUAAAAUUGUCUUUAAUUCUUUUUCCCCCACAAAGAAAUGUCUACAAAAAGCGAUAAAAUAUCCUUUAACAAAAGUCCUGUGCCUGCUAUGUACAAGUCGGAGGAGGAGACGGUUUAAAGAGCUCGACUAACGCUUGCACACAAGCUGUGGAUAAACCCCAUAAAACACACACACACACACACACACUUACACAAUCAGUCCUCCACACUUUUUAAUUCAUGCAUACAACACACACACUUGGCAAGUUACCCUGUUCUUCCUGCCCUCAC